GGGCGCCGCUUUAGCCCCCUGGGGUUCUCCAUCCAGUCAGAGGUCUUUCUCUAGGUGAGGGUGGCAGGGAAGGGAGUUUUCUCCGCGGAGUAGCCUCCUGAGAAAGCGGGUUUACGUAGCAUGCUGGUUCCUUAAGAUUCAUCUACAUCGCGCCACUUCUCUAGGAGGCCCCGUCAGGGCCAUUAGGAAAACUUAACACUGAUUUAUCAUUGCUUUAACAUUUCCUGGGCGCUUGAAGUAUGUCAGGCAUUGAGUACCUCACUAUUGCAUUUAGUUCUCCAAACAAAUCCAUGAGAUAAGAAAGUAAUUUCAUCCAUUUUGCCAACUGCAUUCCGGGGAUCAACGGAUUUAACUUUCCAGCGUCACCCACUGUAUAAUCAGAAUUUGAGCACAAUCUGUAUGACUCCAGAGACCCCAAUGACUGGACAAUACCAAAGCUUGGUAUCAAGUGUCAGUGGGAUGUACUUGUUCUACAUUCUGGGCUAUGGUGGAACCAACACUACUUGGUCAAGAUCAAGUUUUGCAUCCUGAUGAAGUGUCUCUGGGAACUGGCUGUCCUGUAACCGAAGUAACUGCGAGGGGAUAUAAGUUUAAUUACCCUGUCACCGAGUGUGGGAUUCAGAAAGAGGUUUUUUCCUAUGGAGUGAUUUUUUAUUCAGCUCUCUACUAUAACAUAAUGAGCAAAGGAGUCACUGGAAAAAUUCCUUUAAUGUGUAUUGUUUCCAGCUCGUCAUGUUUGGAUACCACUCCAAGCACUACCAGCAACAAUCUCACACAGCCCCAAAAUGAUCUUCCCUCUGCUGGUUCUUCCUGGAACUUGGCCGACACGUGCCUGUUUGGAUUGCCCUGGGUCCCAUACUUCCAGCACUCCUCGGACAAUUCCAAUAGGAGCUGCUGGCUACAGAACAGGAAAAGAGGACAAAGAAAGAGGAAUGGGAUGAAGGUCUGUGCAAGUCCUGGUCACUGAGGUCCAAAACCUGAAGCCAACCCCUUGAUCCUUACUUUUCCUGUUUUUGCGCCAGUGUCCUUUUCUAUGAGGGGCAGAACAUUAUGAAGUGUGGUCAUCGUGUCCUCAUUUUAGAAAGUGAGUUUUUAGUUUAAUAAUUGAACCUAGUAAACUUUGUAUAAAAGAAGGUCCUCCCAAACACACCACCAGAUUUUUUCCUCAGAAGUCAUUAGCUUAAAUCUGAUGCUCUUAGACCAUCUGUAGAGCAGAGUCUAAAUGAACCAGUAAGAGUCCUAUGCCAUGAAUCAAGGAGAAAGUUAAAAUAUUUAAUAGUUAAAACUAGUGUUCUAGUAAACCUUUUUCUUCAGCCUAUAAAUUCAUAGUGAUCAGCCUAUUUUCAUCACUGAUUUAAUCAGAAACUCUAUUCCCCUUUGGUCUUUGCUAAGAUAUAAGAAAUAAGAAAUAGAACUUGUAAUAUCAACACUAAAUAAAAUUAGAAAAUUCUAACAGUUAUAAAUAUAUAUCUGAAUAUUAUUCUUAUAUAUAAUACAUUAUCUAAAUACAAUACAGAACAGUCUAUAAUUUCUCAGUCUAAGAGUUCUAGGUACAUGGUAAAUUUAGUCCUACUAGUCUUACUGCAGGGACUUCAUACUACAUCGAAUAGGUUAACUGGUAUAAUAGCCCCAGCAGGUGCAUGAUCUCAGUUACUCCUCACCACGGUUCUGUGAAGUAGGCACUAUUAUCUCCACUUUGAAAAUGAGGAGACUGAGACACAGAGGUAUUUAAUCACUGCUCCAAAGUCACACUGGUCAUAAGUCACAGAGCUGGAAGACCAAGAACAUAGAAUAACAUGGUAUCAGGGGACUAAGAUUCUAAUGAGGGCUUGGUCAACCCUGUCCCGUAACUCAGUCUCUCAGCUUCAGCUCUCCUCUCCUCCCCUAACCAGAUGAAGGCAGUUGAGGGAAUAUAAAACCCGUUUGGCAUUCUAGACUCGCCGGCAGACCACACAGGCCACAGGCAUGGAAACUUCAAGAUCAGAUAACUUUGAUAUAAAGAUGAUUUCAGAUGCAAAAAGGGGGACCGUUCCCUGGGUGGAUCUGAGGAGACAAAUGGAGUGUGUAAAUUGACUUAAAGAUUUUGUUAGGAAUUAGUGGUUCAACCAACAUCUCUGAAAAAUGGACACAUUCGCACAGCAAGGUGUCUUCCCAGUGGGAAGGAGGGCCACUUCAAAGUAGCCAGAAGAAUUAACAUCUGGUUUACAGGACGGCUCCUGGGAGGCGAGGGGCUAGGGUGCCUGUCACGUGAGUUUGAAUCCUAGUACCUCAAAGUUCUCAUUUAUUAUCAUCAAGAAAGGGUUUUUAACCUUUUCUCUAGAUUCUAAAAGGUCUUUAGAUAGUGAGCAUGACCUUUGAAUACUAGAUGAAUAAGAGAUGCAUCUAAUUAAAAAGAAUACUUUAAAUAGGUUUUUAUGUUCUUGAGAAAUAACUUUUUUUUUUGAGGAAAUGUGGAAAAUGUUGUCUGGACCAAUAUGAAGAUUUACUCUCAUCAUCUGAAGACUGCCACAGUCUUUCAUCAUCCUAAGUACUUUUGGGUUAGACCCAAGUUGCUGACAUUCUAGAAGACUAAGGAUGGAAAUAACUCACCAAAUAUUUUAAUAAGAUCAAAAUUUUAAAAAAGGAAACGUGGUGUUGAAAAUUAUCUUGAAGCACAUUAGUGAAUAUAAGCUGUUCCAUGGACUGGGUGAUGGUCUCAGUUGGCCCAUGUGCAUACAGCAGCAGUCUGUAUAUAUUUGCUGAUGAAUUGUAUCUUGGACUGGGUUGCCCUGUGACUCGGAUACAAACAUAUGCAUAUGAUUUUAUAUACCCUGUUCAUGACUGCGGGAUCAGGACAAAGGUUGUUUCAGAGGAUACUCUCCUUUUUCAAACUGAGAUAUACUUUAAUCCUAGGAAUACACAUUGUGACUGUCAGAAAAUCCCUUUGGAGUGUUCUGCCUCUAGGAAAUCAGUGUGGCUUACACUAGUUUCUACAGAUAAUGAAAUAAGAUUGGAUCCCAGUCCCUUUAUUGCUGACUUUGAGACAACACCAGAAGAGGUGGGAUUAUUAAACCCUAGCCAAACUGUCUCCCUCCCUAAAGAGAAAUGGAAAUUUGGAAUUGGUAUCAUGAAUUUUGUGAGAAAAAACAUUUUCAUACAAAAGUAAUUGGUGUAACUCUUUCCUUACAUAUUUGUUGCUUAAAAAUCCCUAAUGCAGUGAAAGUGUAUUUUUACGGGUUAUGGCUCAUUAAUUUAAUGUUAAUUAGAUAAUUUAUAUUAUCCAUCUAAAUUUUAUUUUCUGUUCUGUUCUAUAUAGUAGAUUAGCAAUAUGUCCUCAAGGACAUUAAUUUGAUCUAGCUGGUAUGAAUCUCCAAGAAAUAGGUCCUACAUUUUUUUAGUAGAAGUAAAGAACAGAGAUAGAUAUAUAAAUGUGCCAGGGACUAAAAUAUGAGCAGAGUCAAAAUUUAACAUACCAACUUCCAGGCAAGACAAAGUCUUGUAGGUGAAGAUACUUUAACAUGUAUGGGCUUUCCUAAUUAGUGAAGUCCUAAAAAUAAUUCAGUGUACAUCAUACUUGAGUAAUGAUUGCAGAAGGAAAUUAGAUUCAUAUUCUAGAAUAUAAGUAACCACUUCCUUAACUGAUAUUUGAUGUCAGACUUUCUUUUCUCCCUGAUUCUUCUACACUUGAGAUAAUUGACUUAUUGAGGUGGUAUAGCCUAGAAUCAUGCUGCCACUUAAGAGCAAUUCUUUAAAUGACCAGUUAUCACCAACUACUUGUGCCAUCUCCUUUUCCCUAAAGAGGGAGUAUAUCCAUGUAAUAUACUCUGCUUUUUGGGAGAUUUCUUAUAUCAGUUACGAGAAUUGAGUUUUGCCAUUGGUUAUUCAAUUCUUAAUGUGCAUUUUGGAUGCUACAAAUUUCUGGACAUUGAUUUUGCUAAGAUACUCUUCUUUGGUAUUUUCAUAACAUUUAAAAAAAUUUAAAAAUCUGUUACCUUAUUUCCAAUAAAAUGCUGCCUGUAUUGUUUACUUGUCAUCUAGUAAGAAUGACAGAAUUUAAACAUCAUCUCAAUGGGCAUCUACUUUUGACGGUUAAAGACAGCUAAAAGGUAACCCUUCUGUAAGGCUUAAUAUGUAUCAGGCAAUGUUACAAGCAUGUUGCAACAGAUGACUUAAUAACCCAAAGAGUUAUUUAUUAUUAUUAUACCAAUCUACAGAUAAGAAAACAAACAGCGUUUGAAUCAUUGCCAAUUGUUCUUAAAAAAUUGGAGAUCUGUUUCUAAUCUUGGAGGAAAAGCUUCUAGCUCUUCACCACUGGGUAUGAUGUUCACUGUGGAAUUGCCAUAUGUGGCCUUCAUGGUGUUAAGGUGCAUUCCAGCUAUACCUCAUUAGUUGAGAGGUUUUAUCAUUAAAAGAUGUUGAAUUUUUCAGAUUUCACCACUUCUCUUCAGAAUAAUACUGAAAGUCCUAACCAGAGCAAUUAGGCAAGAAAAAUAAAUAAAAGCCACCCAAACUGGAAAGAAGUAAAGUUGUCUCUGCUUGCAGAUGACAUGAUCUCAUACAUAGAAAGCCUUAAAGACUCUAUCAAAAAAAAUGCACUGAAUUCACUAAAGUUGCUGGAUUAAAAAAUACAUUAAAACCAGUGCGUGUCUACAU